AUGGCAGACAACAGCAGCAGCGACAACGAGUUCCCCAGCGCGAUCGGCGAGUUCUGCUGGUUCGAGAUCCCGGUGCACGACGUCGCGCGCGCGCAGAAGCUCUACGGCGACGUCUUCGGCUGGGAGUUUGAGUCGGAGCCCUGGCCGUGCGGCAAGGACGGCGUCGUGUCGUACCACCUGUUCCACAGCCGGGGCAAGGCCCUGCACGGCGCCUUCAACCUCCUGGAGGAGGGCCACGAGGCGACCAAGCACGCCGGCGGCGGCAAGCAGGAGGCGACGCCGCCGCUGCCGUCGUUUGUCGUCGAGGAGUGCGACGCGGCGCUGGAAAAGGUCAAGAGCCACGGCGGCGCGAUGCAGUGCCCCAAGACGGAGAUUCCGCGCGAUAGGGGCUUCUAUGCGCGCUUCACGGACACCGAGGGCAAUGUGAUUGGCAUCUGGUCCCGAAAGUAA